AUGGCUGCAGGGCCGCUGGGCUCAGAAGACCUGCUAUGUAGCUGGGACCGUCUCGUGUGGGGCCUGACUUCCCAGGUCCUGAGGACGUGUCGAGGGGGACACCUUCGGAUCCUGCAGCUGAUGCUGAAACCAUGGUGCAUCUCCAGGGCUGUCUACCAGAUGACGGAGGGCCGUCGAUGUCAAGUACAUCUUCUUGAUGACAGGAAGCUGGAACUGCUAGUACAGCCCAAGCUUCUGGCCAAGGAGCUGCUGGACCUCGUGGCCUCUCACUUCAAUCUGAAGGAAAAGGAAUACUUUGGAAUAGCCUUCACAGAUGAGACGGGACACUUAAACUGGCUUCAACUAGACCGAAGAGUAUUGGAACAUGACUUCCCCAAAAAGUCCGGACCGGUCGUUUUAUACUUUUGUGUCAGGUUCUAUAUAGAAAGCAUCUCAUACCUGAAGGACAAUGCUACCAUUGAGCUCUUCUUUCUGAAUGCUAAGUCCUGUAUCUACAAGGAGCUGAUCGACGUUGACAGUGAAGUGGUAUUUGAAUUGGCCUCCUAUAUUUUACAGGAGGCAAAGGGAGAUUUUUCUAGCAAUGAGGUGGUGAGGAGUGACUUGAAGAAGUUGCCUGCGCUUCCCACUCAAGCCCUGAAGGAGCACCCUUCCCUGGCCUACUGCGAGGAUCGAGUAAUUGAACACUACAAGAAACUGAACGGCCAGACCAGAGGUCAAGCAAUUGUAAACUACAUGAGCAUCGUGGAGUCUCUCCCAACCUACGGGGUUCACUAUUAUGCAGUGAAGGACAAGCAGGGGAUACCGUGGUGGCUGGGACUGAGCUACAAAGGAAUCUUCCAGUAUGACUACCACGAUAAAGUGAAGCCGCGGAAGAUAUUCCAAUGGAGACAGUUGGAAAACCUGUAUUUCAGAGAGAAGAAGUUUUCCGUGGAAGUUCAUGACCCCCGCAGGGCUUCAGUGACAAGGAGGACAUUUGGACACAGCGGCAUUGCAGUGCAUACGUGGUAUGCAUGUCCGGCUUUGAUCAAGUCCAUUUGGGCUAUGGCCAUUAGCCAACACCAGUUCUAUCUGGACAGAAAGCAGAGUAAGUCUAAAAUCCAUGCCGCACGAAGCCUGAGUGAGAUCGCCAUUGACCUGACCGAGACGGGCACUCUGAAGACCUCCAAGUUGGCCAACAUGGGGAGCAAGGGGAAGAUCAUCAGUGGCAGCAGCGGGAGCCUCCUGUCGUCAGGUUCUCAGGAAUCCGAUAGCUCUCAGUCGGCCAAGAAAGACAUGCUGGCCGCCUUGAAAUCCAGGCAGGAAGCGCUGGAGGAAACGCUCCGCCAGCGGCUAGAGGAACUGAAGAAACUCUGUCUUCGAGAAGCUGAGCUGACAGGCAAGCUGCCGGUUGAAUAUCCCUUGGAUCCAGGGGAGGAACCACCCAUUGUUCGAAGAAGAAUCGGGACAGCCUUCAAGCUGGAUGAACAGAAAAUCCUGCCCAAAGGAGAGGAAGCCGAGCUGGAACGCCUGGAACGAGAGUUCGCCAUUCAAUCCCAGAUUACGGAGGCUGCCCGCCGCCUCGCCAGUGACCCCAAUGUCAGCAAAAAACUGAAGAAACAAAGGAAAACCUCUUAUCUGAAUGCACUGAAGAAGCUGCAGGAGAUUGAAAACGCCAUCAACGAGAACCGCAUUAAGUCCGGGAAGAAACCCACGCAGAGGGCUUCCCUGAUCAUUGCUGAUGGAAAUAUUGCCAGUGAAGACAGUUCCCUCUCAGAUGCCCUUGUGCUAGAGGAUGAAGACUCUCAGGUCACCAGCACACUGUCCCCCUUACAGUCUCCUCACAAGGGACUCCCUCCUCGGCCACCGUCACACAACAGGCCCCCCCCUCCCCAGUCCCUGGAGGGACUCCGGCAGAUGCACUAUCACCGCAACGACUAUGACAAGUCCCCUAUAAAGCCCAAAAUGUGGAGCGAGUCCUCUUUGGAUGAGCCUUACGAGAAGGUCAAGAAACGCUCCUCCCACGGCCAUUCCAGCACCCACAAGCGCUUUCCCAGUACGGGGAGCUGUGCCGAAGCCGGAGGGGGCAGCAGCUCCCUGCAGAACAGCCCCAUCCGCAGCCUGCCCCACUGGAACUCACAGUCCAGCAUGCCGUCCACCCCAGACCUCCGGGUCCGGAGUCCCCACUACGUUCAUUCCACAAGGUCGGUGGACCUCAGCCCCACGCGGCUACACAGCCUCGCCCUGCACUUUAGGCACCGGAGCUCCAGCUUGGAGUCCCAGGGCAAGCUCCUGGGCUCGGAGAACGACACGGGGAGCCCCGACUUCUACACCCCACGGACUCGUAGCAGCAACGGCUCCGACCCCAUGGACGACUGCUCCUCCUGCACCAGCCACUCGAGCUCGGAGCACUACUACCCGGCGCAGAUGAACGCCAACUACUCCACGCUGGCCGAGGACUCGCCGUCGAAGGCGCGCGCGCGGCAGCGGCAGCGGCAGCGGGCGGCGGGCGCGCUGGGCGCGGCGAACUCGGGCAGCAUGCCCAACCUGGCGGCGCGCGGCGGCGGCGCGCACGGCGGCGGCGGCGGCGCGCACGGCGUCUACCUGCACAGCCAGAGCCAGCCGAGCUCGCAGUACCGCAUCAAGGAGUACCCGCUGUACAUCGAGGGCAGCGCCACGCCCGUGGUGGUGCGCAGCCUGGAGAGCGACCAGGAGGGCCACUACAGCGUCAAGGCGCAGUUCAAGACCUCCAACUCGUACACUGCGGGCGGCCUGUUCAGGGAGAGCUGGCGCGGCGGCGACGAGGGCGACGCGGGCCGCCUGACGCCGUCGCGCUCGCAGAUCCUGCGGACUCCGUCGCUGGGCCGCGAGGGCGCCCACGACAAGGGCGCGGGCCGCGCCGCCGUCUCGGACGAGCUGCGCCAGUGGUACCAGCGCUCCACGGCCUCGCACAAGGAGCACAGCCGCCUGUCGCACACCAGCUCCACCUCCUCGGACAGCGGCUCCCAGUACAGCACCUCCUCCCAGAGCACCUUCGUGGCGCACAGCAGGGUCACCAGGAUGCCCCAGAUGUGCAAGGCCACGUCAGCUGCCUUACCUCAAAGCCAGAGAAGCUCAACACCAUCAAGUGAAAUUGGAGCGACGCCCCCAAGCAGUCCCCACCACAUCCUAACCUGGCAGACUGGGAGCUACACCGACAGCUGUUUCCUGGACUCCUCCCUCUAUCCCGAACUAGCCGACGUCCAGUGGUACGGGCAGGAGCAAGCCAAGCCCGGCACCCUCGUGUGAGCCAGCCGGCCUCGAUCUGACCGCCUCAACGCCAUUCAGAGAUCACCUCACUGCCUCUCAUUUGCCUUACCCAGACGCACUGUCACCCCGCACCAGCUUCGGCCCUCAGCACUUUUUUUCCUCCCGUCUCCGCAUCCCCUUCACCCUCAAAAACCUGACUGAGGAGACAUUCUGGAAGGUUCCGGUCCCACUGUGUGUCCCCCUGGCGCUCUCGCCCACGGAGAGCCAGGCACCAAUCCUCAGCGGCACCUUGGUGGCUUCCCCCUGCCGUGACAGCCCCCAGGCCAGGACCCAUCAGGGAAGGUGGCGGACAUCCAGUUCCCGUGGACAAGUGGCAGGAGAACAGGAAAGGGGACUUACGUACAGGGUGAUCCUGAAGGACUGUUCGCUGUGGCCAGCCUGCGCCCCCCUCGCAGGCCCACCGCACGCUCGGUGAGGAGGAUGCCUCGUGCGUGCGCGGAGAACACUCAGUUGACACUUGACAUGUUCCCUGGGGGAGUGGCUAUUGGGGGAGGGGAAGGAGAUUGAAAAAGGAAGCUUCACGUGUCCAAGAUGCAUCCGAGGAUCACAAUCAGUUCUAUGCUGCCAAAGAUUAAAAAAAAAAUUAAAAUAAAAAAAGAGGGGCCAAGAGGAAGACAUUCUUUCUGCAAUGAAAUCUUUUAAAUUCUUAACUGCUACUAACUCAUCACAGUGAAAAGUCAACCAUUUGUAAAUUGUUUCCCCUCUUUAUCCCUCGCCCUUAACGCCCCACCUUCUCUCUCAGGCCAGAGCCUGGAAAACUAACCCGGUAUGAUGGUCAAGUGGAGGGAGCCAGAGCAGCGCCGCGGCCUCGGGUCCCCGGGGGUGUGCACACGGAGGACAGGUCUGCGGGCGGGGAGCAGGGGGGCGCCGUCAGCCCGGUCUGCACGGGGGUCGGGUCCAAGCUCACCGCCUUCCUGCUGGGGUCUGGAGGAAACGGAAGGUGGGGAUUGCCAAAAGCGCUUCUCUCUCAUUAAAACAAGCAGUAAAAGCGUGUCCUAUUGUUUUGCACAAGGUGUUUGAUUUUAUUUUUCAUGGGAAACCAAGGGAAAAAGCACAUCACGAUCCAUUCGAGUGUUUAACUGUUGUGGCUCCUUUUAUACUUGUUAGCACUUGUGUGACAAAGAGCUCAGACCCGACUUCUCUCGGCACCCGGUUACCAAUGUGUCACUUAUUCCAAGAACCCAACUAUGCCCUUAGGUAGGAAGAGUUGACUCCCACGUCUACU